GGAAGGUGAUCAAUGGGAGGGUAAAGUUUGCAACUCUAGCAGCUUCUGUCUCACAUGUUGCACUCUUCAAUGGAAGUACUAUCUGGCAAAUGUGGACUAAGACGAGGGCAGCAGCAGGAGAGAAGUUUGGAGACGUGCAUACGAGACUGAUGAAGAAGAACUAUAAAAUAGUCCCCCAAUGGUGGUUUCAUUCAAUUUUGAUUGUAGUGCUUGGUCUUUCACUCCUUGCCUGUGAAGGUUUCGACAAGCAGCUUCAACUACCAUGGUGGGGAAUUUUGCUAUGUUGUGCCUUGGCAUUAUUUUUCACCUUACCCAUCGGGAUAAUAACGGCCACGACAAAUCAGCAACCAGGGCUAAAUGUGAUCACAGAGCUGAUUAUUGGGUUCAUGUACCCAGGGAAACCGCUUGCAAAUGUGGUUUUCAAGACCUAUGGCUAUAUCAGCAUGGUGCAGGCACUCACAUUUCUCAGUGAUUUCAAAUUAGGUCACUACAUGAAGAUCCCACCCCGAUCCAUGUUCCUCGUUCAGUUAGUUGGAACUGUGAUUGCUUCAAGCGUCUACUUUGGGACAGCAUGGUGGCUUCUUACAACCGUGGAGCAUAUAUGCGAUGUAGCCUUGCUUCCAGAAGGAAGUCCAUGGACAUGCCCUGGUGAUGACGUUUUCUACAAUGCUUCAGUCAUAUGGGGAGUUAUUGGUCCACUCAGAAUGUUCGGAAGGUUGGGGGUCUACCCAGAGAUGAAUUGGUUUUUCCUUGCUGGCUUUCUUGCCCCUGUUCCAGUAUGGUUCCUUUCACGCAAAUUCCCCAACCAAAAAUGGAUCAGGCUCAUCCACAUGCCCAUUAUCAUAGGAGCUACAGGAAACAUGCCACCAGCUAGAGCUGUACACUUUGUGAUGUGGGGAAUUGUGGGAGUUUUCUUCAACUUCUAUGUUUACAACAGGUACAGGCAGUGGUGGGCCAAGCACACCUACAUCUUAUCAGCAGCUUUAGAUGCCGGGGUUGCCUUUAUGGGAAUCAUCAUUUUCUUUGCCCUUCAAUCUAAAGAUAUUUUUGGUGUGGACUGGUGGGGUUUGGCAGCAGAUGAUCAUUGCCCACUGGCUUCAUGCCCUACAGCACCGGGGGUUGUGGCUGAAGGUUGUCCUACUAUUUGAGAACAAAUUUGUAUUCUUCUUUCUAGGAAUUCAUUUUAGUGGUGUUUAUGGUGUGAAGUUCCAGUAGGAAUAAGACCCUGGAUAUUAUCUUUUUAUUUUCUUAUUUUUCUCUAUUUCAACAAGAACAUUUGGAGAUACGAUAACCCCACAUAUAUUAUUGAUCUUUUAUGAAUCAUAAAUUUUUUCUA